AUGGCUGCAAGGUACAUUCACAAGUAUCUUGAUGUCCUUGUCUACUUUGUCAGCGCCAUUUGCGACGUCGAGAGAACCCACUUGUACAGGAAUAAAUGCGGAAGCAACUUCGUUUCCUUGGCAAACGAGCCCGUGAUCAAAUGCGAUUUGGCACUCUUGGCUGAUUUUGAUAAGAUCUACUUCAACCAUCACAUGGAAUUCAAUCAUACCGCUGACAAGAACAUUGGACGAAGCGGUUUCCUAGCUCCACAUCACCCUGUACGAUACUUCUUGAAGGUGAGCGAGUUGCAGGAGUUGGAAGAGGAGGUUGAAAAAGGAACACUGUAUAUCAAUCAAACCCCCGAAAGUGCAAGGCUUCCUUCCUUCUGGCAAGCGAUGAGGGAGUGUGAAGGCUUGGUGGAAAUCAAAGCUCAGAUUGAUCGUGCCAGAAAGUUUCUUGAGGUGUAUAAAGGCUCCCUUCACAAGCACAACAAGCACUUUUGUAACGAGCUCUUGUUUCUUGGAUGCUUCGGUGAACAACCAACAGCGACAAUUGUUGCAAAAUAUCUGAUAAUAUUGAGCUUAGGAAAUGAUCCCUCUGUUGAAGAUUUAAUGGAAGGACAAAAAAGGAAGUCGUUCAAGUCUACCAUGCACAACGAUAAAACAGUUGAUCUUGAGGCGUUUGCAGAUUUCUUGAUCAAAAGUGCAAAACCGGAUUGUGUCAAUACCAUACACUUUCGCAGACUACGCAAUAACAUUGUUAAGAUAUCAUGCCAUGCAGAUUUUUGGAAUCUGACGAUUGAGUUGGGACAUGAAGAUAGGUUUUUUUAUUUGAAUCACUAUGCUGCGCUUCCUUCAACAAUGGAAGGCGUCAAACAGAGCGUGAAGAUGGUACGAUUGUGCAAGAGAACGGGCAAGAAGGAUCAGAAUGUGACAGUAUAUGGUCUUGCUCGAGGUCCACUUGACAUCAAGUGUAAAGAACCCAAUCUACUCUCAUGUUCAUACGAAGAUGAAAUGACAGAACGGCGAGCAUCCAAAGAAUCUGCUGCAUCCGCCAAGGGGGAAGAGUCCAGAUAUGGUGGAGAGUAUAAUGAGGAUUUGAGCCGCGGUCCUGUGCGACUGGAAAAUGUAUUGAAACAUAGUCUCAGGCUGUACAAAUACGUUGAGGAACAGAAAGCAGUGGACAAAGAAGAGUAUCAGCGCAAAUUGAAGAUCACAAUGGCAAAUCUCUGUGACAAGAGCGCGCAUGUAAGUACAAGACAAAAUCAAGAAUAUGCUGCCCAAGUGACAAACGCAUUUGGAAUGAAUCACAGAAGAUCGGCACGAGAGAAACAGCAAGGGGUAGAUAUAACUCCGCACGUGGCUGGAAGAAUUGUCUUCGCAAAGUGUCUGAAAGGCGAGAAUAUGAACGCAAUGGUCCUUGAGGCUGUUGCUCGAGAACUUCUCAGUGAAACUGACAAGGCUGCUUACGAUGAAGGUAAACCUAUUUCUAUCAACUACAGCACGCUCAGAAAUUUGAUUGCCGAUGAUGUAGUCAGCAGAUGGAAGAAGGAGCACAUAGACGAACCACUCAGUGAAGAAAGAGAAAAAGUUGUUCGAAAAACAUUUCAGCCAAUAUCUGAAGCAACAUUUGUUCAGAAGAAACGAGGAUAA